UUGGAGUACUUCCUUUGACAACUGCCUUAAGCCUUCCAAGGAGCAUAGCUUCCAGAUGUCUUGCAAUGUUCCCAAUGAAUCAAUCAUUUCCUCUGUCCAAUUUUCAUCAGUUCGAACUGCGAAUAUGCGGGCUGUCUAACGUUCCACUAUUAUUUUCAAAUCGACAACCAGCAUUGUUGUUAUCUUGUUUGAACUACUGUUCAGUGAACAACGGUACCCUUAGAAACCUUAUAUCAAUAUCGUAUGUUGUUGAAACUGAUGAUUGCGUACCAAGAAAGGCCACUAUAAAACCUCAUAUCUUAUGUACUCUCGUCUACCGAGCUAUGUCACGAGGUUCAAACUGCCACACGCCAUGCAUCCUCCCAUCAAGCACCCAAUGCGUUCUCCCUCGAAAGAUAUUUGAAUGUUCAACUAGACAUUAUACUUAGGAUAAAAUUCCCACGCUAUGAAAAGUCUUAUUCGAACAAGCAUGCCGAUUCCGCCUUGUACUAUGUAUCUCAAACUUAGCGUCCCCACGCACUCCACGUCGAUAGGAUCCGGAUUCCUUUCCGCCAUCCUGCAGCCGAUCAAGUACGUGGAGCGAGGCUGUGAAACCCAACCAUGCGACAUAGUAGAUGUCCAUCUCUAUUUCCCCACACAAAGCACAUGUCCGAUUGAGAUUGGGGCGCUUUAACUAACAGUCCGUACACAUCCCGAUGCGGCAACCACCACGUUUGCUGCGGCGCCAGCGCACGUGCUAUCCUGGCAAAAGAUCAGCAUUUCCUACUUUGGUUCCCGGAGGAUUUUGAGAAACAUCCGAUCGUGUACAAGUGAUACAAUUUGACUAUGCAGGCCUUUGAAGAUGACCCUUACCUACUAUGACAUAUGUCAAAGGAGAAUAGUACUUAAAGAGAGUGAUAACACACCAAAGAUUCAUUCUCAUCACAACACUCUCCAUUCACACUCGUUAAAGAUCAAUCGAUUUCCAACCCAAAACCAACUACAAUCCAAUCUUUUCAAAAUGCAGUUCACUACCAUCCUCGCUUCCCUCCUCUCUGCUGCUGCGGUUACCACCGCUGCCACCUUCGACAUGCGAACCCGCCAGAUUGUUUGCAGUCCCGGAACUCUCGAAUGCGGGAGUCUCUCUAUCGCCGCCAACCCCGUUUUGAUGGAGUGUAACGAAGAGGGCCAACUUGUGAUCUCUGAGGUCUGUGAGAAAGGCUGCGGCGACUUCGAGGGCGUCAUUGGUUGCAUGUAA